CCGUCCCCUUCAGCUACACAAAGGCAGGAGAAGGGGAUGAGUGCGCUUAUCGACGACCCCGCCAAUGCCAGCGGCGACUGUGCUGAGCAGAAUCGCAAGAAGCUUCUUGACGAGUUUGGAUCCGUCCUUGAAGAGUCUCUUAUCAUUUCAAUUACCGACGAGCGGGAUGUUGUGAAGGAGUACGAUGAGAUCAGGCAUGUCUUGAGUCAACUGGCAGAGACUGCCCGUGCCGAAGCCGCAACCGGCUUUGACCCGUCGGGCCUUGGCUGCUUUGCAGACGUUGACGUUGACGUCGAAGCGCUGCGCAUUGACGGAACAACGGGCAGCGGCACCGGCCUCUCCGGGGAUUCGCUCGCCGAAUAUGCCACCACUGUCUCCGACCUGUCGGACCAUUCCGACCAAUCGGCAUUUACCGGCCAGCCAGGCAUGAGCGAUGCCAAUAAGGUGCAGGGACUGAAGCUUAUCUUUCAGGACCGAUUCAAGGACCACACUCUUCAGUUUGUGCUGAAGGAGAAUGGCGGCAACGUGGAGCGUGCAUUUGACGAAUUGCUCACACGGGAUGUCCUUGAGAAGGAGGGGUCGCUGCCAAAAGGCAUUGAUGGAUUUCUCGAGCCGGAUCGAGAGGGUCGAUCUCGUAAAGGAAAAGCCGGCCGUACCAAGAAGCAGAAUCCCAAAGGCCAGAAACUCACCAUCAACUACAAGGCUGUCUCGCCGGCCAUCAACGAUGAAGAGCUCGAAGGAGCAAAGGACUUUGUCCAAUCACCCCGCGCAAAGCGCUCUCCGGUGAUGCUUUCACCUUUGACCCCAAAGCUUACCACACUCUCCCCACCACCAGCAGCAGCAGCGGCGGCGGCCUCGCCAUCACCGACACUGACCGACUUCAACGCCGCUCACCUGCGCGCGGCGGCCGCCUCUCUCAGACGGAUGGGCCCUCUGGGACGGCAAGGCGCGGCCGUGUACGCGGAGCGGGCGCGGGAGGAGACGCGGGCGCUGGCGGCGCGGGCGUCGCUCGAGGCCGAGGCGCGCGUCGCCCGCCAGAGCAGCGACUCGAGCGUCGACCUGCACGGCGUGUUUGUGCUGGACGGGGUGCGCAUCGCCAAGGAGCGCGUCUGGGCCUGGUGGCAUGGUCUUGGAGGCGAGGGCAGCAGCAGGGCGGCGGCGGCUAAGAAGAAGGGGUUUACGAUUGUGACUGGUGUUGGAAAGCAUAGCGUCAAUGGUGUCUCGCGUCUGCGCCAGGCUGUUGGUGCGUACCUGAGGAAUGAUGGGUGGAAGGUGGAGACGUUGACGGGGAGUUUUUAUGUUACGGGGAGGGUGUGAAGGGGUGGAGGUUUACGAAGUAUUUGGGUUAGUUGUAUACCUGCCGGUUUGUGUGAGGGAAUUAGUGGUGGGAAUGUUGGACAUGUGUUGGACGCCAAGCUGAUGGGAUGAUGUUAUGGACUGGUUGAUUGCGAG